AUGUCUGAAGCAUCAGGGAAGCACGACUCUGUCAAGGCCAAGGUUGAAAGAACUCCACUUGGUGUGAAAUGCAUGGGCCUCAAGAGUGGUUCAUCAGGUUCUAAGAAGAAGUUUGAGAAGAAGACAACCAAGAUUCCAUCAAGAAAGGUGUAUCAGCCUCAAGCUCGUGACAAGACUACCUCAAAUGCUCCUAUUAUUGAAGAUGUCACAGAUGAAGAAGAACUUUCUGCUGAAAGCUCUCCCAUUGGUUCAAAUCAAGAUGUUGUGCCCGAUGUUAGGGCUUCUGUACCUGCAGAUGGUUCAACUCAAGAAAUUUCCGGAAAGGAAUCCACUGCUCAUGAAGAUUCAGGUGUACCCACUCAUUCUGAUGGUUCUUCUUCUCCUUCGAAAGAGGAUGAACCAGUAUAUGUGACCAUUGAUGAUUCUCAGUCCAACGAAUCAAGCCAGGCUCCUGCCUUUAUUCAGAACAUCUCUGAUGAUGACUCUGAUGAUGUUCCGUUAACUUCUUCUAUGCCUGAUAGUGUUGUUGCAAGAAUCAAGAGAAAAAUAAGGGUUCCUGAUGUUGAAGAAUCUCCUGCUCCAAAGAAGAAGACCAAGUCCACUCCAACAACUUCCAAGUCCAAGCAAAAAUAUGUGAGGGGAAAAGGUAAGCAACAGAAAGUUAAAUCCAAGAGUGUCACGAAGAAGAAGGUUCCACUUGCUGCUGAGGAAUCUGGGUCAGAUGUUGAGGGGGAUGUCGAGGACAUCUUGCCUUCUGAGAAGAAGAAGUAUGUAGGAAAACGCAUUCCUCAGAAUGUCCCUGCUGUUCCUAUUGACAAUGUGUCCUUUCAUGCUGAAGGUCAUGUUCAGAAGUGGAAGUAUGUGUGCCAACGCAGAGUUGCCAAGGAAAGGGAUGUUGGCUCUGAUGUACUUGAGUGCAAGGAAGUGGUUGCACUUAUUGAAAAUGCUGGACUGAUGAAGACCAUUCUCAAGGUGGGAAGGUGUUAUGAAAAACUGGUGAGAGAAUUUCUGGUGAAUUUGUCUGUGGAAGUGGGACUUCCUGAAAGUGUUGAGUUUAGAAAGGUGUUUGUCAGGGCAAAAUGUGUUGAAUUCUCCCCUGUUGUGAUCAACAAAGCACUUGGCAGAAGUGCUGUUGAGUUUGUUGAUGAGGAGUUGUCCUUGGAUGUGAUUGCCAAAGAGAUUACUGCUGGCCAAGUCAAGAAGUGGCCCAUCAAGAAGUUGCUGUCUACAGGAAAACUGAGUGUGAAAUUGAUCUACAAGAUUGGCACUUCUACUGCUUUUGAUUUUGGGUCUUUUGUGUUUGAACAGACCUUGAAGCAUGCUGACACUUGUGCUGUGAAACUGCCCAUAUCAUUUCCAUCUCUUCUAACAGAGAUUAUUCUUCAACAGCAUCCUCAGAUCAUCAGGGCUGAUGAGGUUCCUUUGCCAAAGGGUGUUCCUAUUACCCUGGAUCAAGGAUUGUUUAUGGAGCCACGUGUCAUAGACAUUGUUGUGUCAUUUAGCAGGACUUCUGCCCCUGUUCCUGUGAGUGAAUCUAGCACUAAGGUUAUUAUUGCUGAAUUAAUGGCUGUUUCUAAGGCCCUUCAAGAGACUAUUAGGAUCAGCACUGCAAGGAAGCUAAAGGUUGAUGCUUUGCUUCUCAAGCUUCAAGAGGAAGAAGAUCAAGAGGGUGAGCCAAGUGGUGCUGCUGCUGCUCCUCAGGAUGCCAGCACUGAAGAAGAGGGAGAAUCUGAGGAGAAUAUAGAAGACACUGAAGGCGACUCCAGUUCUGAUGAUUAG